UGUAAAUUUUGCUAAAUUUUUUUUUUUUUUUUUUUUGUAUUAUAUUAUUAAUAUUAAUAACAAAUAUUAGUUUUUAGUGUGUAGAUUUUAAGUAAUUAUAAUUAAUUUAUUAAACCGAUUUCGAUGUAUUUUUAAUUCAGUGUCGUAUGAUUAGGGUUUGACGGUCUAUUUUGUGGCCGUUAAGCAUAGACCUAUUAGCUAAAAGGUCUAUGCUGUUAAGGCCAUAAUUGCUUUCUAUUCUUCCUCAUCUAAUAAAGGUAAAGUAAAAUAUUUCUAUAGUAUUAAUGUAAAAUGCCUACACAAAAUAUCAUAACACUCUUUUCCGCCCUCCUGUGCUUGUUUGAUAUUUUAUAUUUUGCAUGUAUUUAUUGUUUAUGAAUUGUGUCUAGGGUAAACAUUGAUAGUUAAUAUGUAGUGUACUCUGUUUAAAUCUAAACUGUUUGAUAUGAAUUUAAUGCAAAUUAAAAGAUAUUGUUAUUGUAAUUUACCUAUUGCUUUCUAUUUGUGAAUGCUGUUGAUUGAUAUUAAUUGUAUUUAUUAAUAAACAUAAUUUUUAAAUAUAUUGUACCUAUUUGAUAUGUAUUAUAAAUAAUACAUAAUUAGAAUUAUGUAUGCAUAUAAUAUAUUAGUAUGAUAUUAGUAUGAAAUAAUGGUAUAUAACAUGGGUGUUAGUUUUGUUAAUAGUUUAAUAUAGAUUUCGUUCAUUGUUUGUAUAUCAAGUUAUAGGUAAUUUGAUUUUACACUAAAUAUAACUAGACAGUGAUAUAUAAUGUCAUCUGCUAGUAAUUGUAAAUUAUAAGUUUUUUUCAUUAUUAUUUUUAAAAUUACUUUUUUGUUGUGUUAUAGACUGAAAUUUACUGGUGACAAAUUAUGAAUCAAGAGUCUCAGUCAUGUUGUCCAGUUUGCACUUUGUACUUACGUCCUGGAAUAUCUCUUCCUGCUCAUUUGAAUACACAUCCAAAAAAACACGUCAUAAAAGCUCUGUUGUCACUAACGAAUCAAAUACCAGAAAAUCUAUCCAAAUCUGUAGUAAUAGAACAAUCAGGAGAAAACCAAUCAGAUGACAGUAGUUCAACAUCUGUAUCUUCAUGUCAUUCUGCUACCUUUAAUACACAAGAUGUGGUUAAUAACAUCGAUAGAAACAGUCCAAAUAAUUGUCUAUCUCCUAAAAGUCAAAAUAGUCUGGUCCUAUCUGAACUCAGAAAUGAUCUCGAAAAUAAUGAGGAGGAAGAGUAUGUGGAUGUUGGAGAUGUUGAAGAUAACAAUGUUAAUUUUGAAAAUAACUAUAGACAUGAAUUUGAAGAAGAUCAACCGGAUGAUAGUUUUCAAGGAGAAUCAAAUGAGUCAUCUCACCAUCAUGAAGAAACUGGUUCGUCCAUGACAGCAAAUUAUUAUCAUGAUCCAUAUCAGUCAAAUGGUCAUCUAAUUGAAGAUGAAGAAUAUAUGUCACGUUAUUUUUACACUAGUGAAAAUGCACGCAUUUCACAUACCGAUCCAGAUCCCCAACUUAAUCCUCCCCAAUACAGUACUCUUACUACAAUGGAUCUACAUCAAGAAUAUUUAUCAUCAAAUCAUCAAGAACAUCAAUUAACACUAGAUAUACAAACUGAUGAACUUAUGCCAGCCCAUGGAGAAUUAUCUGGUCAAGAAAGUUUGGAACCUCCUGAACCGAUACUUGCAUCUAUUUGGACAAUGAAAAGCCACAAUGAGUCUCAGCCACACACAAGUACUGCGUGGGAUGAUAGUGUACAUGAAGUUAGUACAGCUGCUAGAAAUUUAAUGUGUUUAAAAAAUAGAGAAGAGAUUCCUAAAGAAGAGAUCAUCGAGAACAAAGAAGUGAAACCAUUAUUAGGAAAACUAAUUUGUCCUUAUUGCAAAUUAAAAUUUGAUGGGGUUAAGGCACGUAAAGCACAUUUAGAUGAAGAACAUAGAAAGGAAGAAGGUGUGAAGAAAGGGUUAAUGUACAUAAAACCGGUGGCUAAAAUAGAGGAAGGUGUUGAUGAAUCUGAGCAACCAUCUGUAAAAGUAGAAUGUAGCAUUUGUGGUGAAUCUUUUGAAGAUUAUACACAGAUGACAUUGCAUUUCAUGGAUAUUCAUAAAGGUACAAAAUAUGUAAUAAUAUAUUAAUUAGAUUAAGUUACACAUUAAUAUUAUCCAAAUCAAUGACUUUGGAAACUCAGUUUCUAUUUUCAUACACAUUAUUUGACUAUCAACCUCUAGCUGUCGAGUACAUGUUGGAAAUUAGAGCAUAUUUAAGAGAAAUAGUCUCCCCUAUAGUCAUACAUAUUAAAUAUUGGGUAUCUUUAAAUUACUCAAUUUCAAAAUAAUAUUAUUAAUUGUGUUAAUUUGUCAAUACAAAUUACUUAAUAUUUAUAAGAUUGAAAAUUGUUUAAUACUAUUACUCUUUGAUCAGAACUAGAUGCACUUAUUGCUAUGUGUGGUAAACAAUUUUACCCCUAACAUGCAUAUGCUAAUAACAAUAUUUUGUAUGUUGCCUGUAUUCACUGCAACUUAUUUACUUAUUAACAUUUUUAACGGAACAAGCCCUUUAAAUACAGAAACAUAAUAAUAAUCUAGAACCAAACAGAAAAUAAAUUUACAGUAAAAGAAUUUUACUUGGAUAAAAAAAUAGGCACUGAACUAUAAUAAUGUGACACAUAUAUUAAUGGAUUUUAGUUUAUAAAUAUAAAUAAAGAUUUCAUUCUAAAACAUUUAUUGGACAUAAAAAAGAAAUUAUUAUCAUUACAAAUUUGAUUACAUAAAACAUAAGAGCUUUCGGAAAAAAAGAAUUGGAGCUAAUUUUUUUUUUUUUUAAAUAGGUACAAAAAUUAAAUUUGAAUUCCUAAUCGAAUAAUUAUGCGUACAAAUACCGAUCUUCCUCAAUAAAUCUGGACAUUCAAUAUUGUUAUUAAGAAGAUCAUAAAUUAAUAAUAUGUCAGAUAACUUACGUCUACCACACAUGGCUAAAUAUAUAGAAUCAGCUACUAAAGAAAAUGAGUCUCAGGAAAUAGGUAAUUUUAAAUGGUAAGCAAUUGACUUUUAGAAUAUAUACUGAACAUUAUUAUCAACCAGUUUAAAAGCCGUUUUUGAUUCCAUUCAAUGAUACAAAUUCAAAGUUAGAUUUAACAACAGGGUAAUAGAGCAUUUAUAGUGCAUGAACAGUUUUAAAUUCUUUAGUAUUCCUUAAUAUGAAACCUAAUAUUUUAAAUGAUUUUUUUUAUAACUAUAUUUGUAUUAAAAGAGAAAGAUAAAUUAAAAGUUAGGUUAGGUUAGGUUAGGUUUACUCAUAGUAAUACAAAUACAUUUUAGUAUUCAAACACCGAAAAUUAUACCUACGUUUUUAGGAGUUAGUUAUCAUUGCUGUACGCGUCUGACAAUGCUAUGUAUGCAUAAGUGUGUAUACAAAUAUGGUUGUUUCAUUUUCGACAUUCAAAUAUGGUGCCUAUUCAUAAAAAAACACUUGGGGGUCUUUAAAAUUGAAAAAAUCUUAAAUUUGUCUUUAACAAUAAAAAAAAUGAUAAUAAAAAAACAUCCAUUUUUGUAGAGUAAAACAAUUAAAAUAAUAAGUAAAAUAAAUAAAUUUAUAAAUAAAAAUAAAAUAAAAAAAUGAAUGAAUGCGUCAAAUUUUACAUGUUGACUGUGACAUACCUGAUAAUUCAUUUUAUUUUUAUAUAUACAUUUUUUAUUUAUAUAUUUAUUUAUGAGUAUCAAAAUUUUUAAUAAUUUUGUUUCUACUGUAUUAUUUUAUUAUUUAAAAUAAUAGAUACUUGCUCACGGUUAAAUUUUAUAUUUAUUUAAAUAUAUUUUAUUUACAUUAUAUUGAUAUUGUAUUGUAUAUUAUUUGGUAUAAAUGAGUAUUACACAACUUAAAAUAUAUCAAUUGUAUUUUAUAAUUAUUUUCAGAUAAGAAUAAUUUAUGUCCAACAUGUGAUACAGUUUUUCCUAUGGUAUCAGAUUUUCGAGACCAUAUUCAAAAUGUUCAUCCAUUGGCAUGUAAUUUUUGUUCAAAGAAAUUUUAUUCUCAAUUUACUUUGACUACACAUUUAAAACGUCAUCUUCAAAUCAGGCCAUAUGCUUGUGAUCAAUGUCAUAAGUGUUUUGUCAGUCGAAUUAAACUCCAAGAUCAUAUGAAUGGCCAUCUCAAUAUAAAACCAUAUAGUUGUACUCACUGUGAUCUUAGCUUUAGAUGUAAAGCUAAUUUAUAUAGCCAUACACGCAAAACACAUCAGACUAUUGGAAUUCCUAAAGAUUUUUACUGUCAUUGUGGAGAGGUAAAUAAAUAAAAAUAAAUAAAUAAAAUUAUUAUUAUAUAUUCAAGUUAUUGUUAAUCUUUAUUUUUAGGUAUUCACAUCAUUAAAAAAGCUCGAUUGGCACAAAGAAACUCAUGAAGUGAAACCCAAACAAUGUCAAUGGUGUUCAGAACGUUUUGUACAUUUAACAUCAUUAACCAGGCAUAUACGGCGUGCACAUGAUUCAUCAUAUUUACCUACAAAAGAUCGUGAUAUUGAAAAUAUGACCUGUGACAUAUGCAAUAGUACAUUUUUACGUAAAUCUUAUGCUACCCAUAUGUUAAUUCACAAAGAUUUAAGGCCUUAUAGUUGUAAUAUAUGCAAUCGAACAUUUCGAACCAAGUGGAAUUUAAGAAUGCAUCAAUGGACUCAUAUGUCAAGAACACAUAAACCUUUUAAGUGUACCCAGUGCAAAAGUGCAUUUUAUCUUAAACACGAAUGGGAGGCUCAUAUCCGUGCCCACACCGGGGUUCGUCCAUUCACGUGUAAUGAAUGUGGUAAACAAUUUAUAAGGAAAAAACAUUGUAUGAGACACAUGGCAGAACAUGAUAAGACAAAUAGACAAUUUGAAUGUAAAGAGUGUGGCAAAAAGUAAGUACAUUUCACACAUAAACAUUAAUUUGUGUUUUAGAUGUUAAAAUAUAAAUAAUCAAUUUACUAUCAUUGUUAAAUUAAACUAUAUAUAACUAACUAUUAUAUUUUAAUAUAAUUGUAAUAGUAAUUUACUUUUUCUUCUUUCACAUUGUUGGAUAUUGUCUGUGCUAUUUUUAUGUAUAUAAUUUGUUACAUAUUUAUUUUUUAUUUUUUUAUUUUAACUAUGAUUUAAAAAUAAAAUUGUUUUAGAGAUAAAUACUCAAUGUAAUUAAUGUAAAAAAAGACGGAUAUACUUCGCACAAUGGGUGGACCAAUAUUGUAGGUGAGAAGUUCGGGGGUAGAAAGGAAAGUUUAAUGUAUAUCUGUACGCAACAAUUAAUCAUUGCUAAUGAAAAACAAUUUUAAUAUAUUAUAUGUUAUAUUAUGGUAAAAUAAUUACUUAUGUAUUUUAUUAUAUUUUCUUUAAUAAUAUUUUUACUAAAUGAUUUUCGUCAAAAUUUGAUAUUAAAAUUCUUAUAUAAAAAAAAUUCUACAUUGCUCAAUUUUUUUUUUUGACCACAAAAUACUUCUUAUAAUGAACCUCUUGUAAUAAUUUCUAGUAUUUUUGUUUAGUCUAACAGAGUAUCUACAGAAUACAAAUUAUAUAUAAAAAAAACCCUCUUAAAUUAAAAUUUAUAAAUACCUCGAAAAUGGUUACAAUGUUUUGAAAAUUUUACCAUGUCUAGAAAAGGCAAAUGUAAGUUUUCUGUCCAAACUUUAAAUCUCUACAAAUAUUUUUAACUAAAUUAAAACAAGACAUUUUGUAAAUUUUCCCAUUUAUUGGGAAAAUUCCUGAGAAAGUACUUCCUUAUAGCACUAUUCUAGUCGGAUUUCCUUUCAGAAAAAGCGCUAUUCUUGAAAAUCGGAGCUAAAUUUCUAGUAGAAAAGUCGUUCACAGAAAGAAAAAAAAACAACACAAACAUCACUGUUAAACCAAUACAUUCCUUGCUCCAUUCAGAAUUUAAAAGAUGGACAUACUUCGCACGAUGUGUGGGCUACUGUUGUAAGUUAGAAAUUGGGAAGGUAGGAUAUAGAGAGGAAUUUAAUUUAUAUCUGUAUGUACUGAUUAACUAUUGUUAACCAAAAAAUGAUUCGGAGUGAAGUUUGGUUAUACAUAUUUUGAAAGCAUGUAAUAAUUACGAUUUUCUUCAAAAUUUGAUACAAUUUUUAUAAAAAAUAUACUGCAUUGAACUAAUUUUUUUUUACAUUAAAGUAUGGCCCAUUAUGAAACUCCUGUUCAGUUUUCAUGCAUUCUCUUUAGUCUAAGAAUUUUAUCCAUAGAGUACCUACCGAAUACAAUUUACAUAAACAACUUAACAUUACAAUGUCUAUAAAAAGCACAAAUGUUCUGAAAAUUUGGUUGUAUCUAGAGAAGGCAAAUAUAUGUUUUUAUCCAAAUUUCAAGUCCAUGAAGAUUUUUAAUUUAAUUACAACAUCAAAAUAAAAUUGCAAAUAAUAAAAGCAUUUGGUAUUUUCAUAAAUUUUGCAGUUUUUUUCCCCGGUUUUUCUCAAUUAUUAAAACCGCUUGAAAAAAAAUUGAAAAAUGAGUAAAAUUUAUCUACUUUAACUAUAAAGUUGCCUUUGAGAAUAGGUGCUAUACUUGAUAAAUUGGAGGAAGAUUUCUGGUAGCAAGGUUUUUCAUAAAAAAAUAAAAAUCUAAAAACAUAAACAUCAUUAUAAAACCAAUACAUUCCUUGCUUUACUCUGAAUCAAAAUAUAUAUACACUAUUGGUGGUCCAUAUUUUUGAACAUUAUUAUUUUUGAUGUCCGGUCCUCCCUAUUUUGUUCCUCACCAUGUAAAAGUAAACUAUGUGAAUUUUGUUCAUAAUAACUUGCCUUUUCCCGUGCUCCAAGAGUGUUGAAAAUCAGAAAAUAGGGUAGGUUUGUGGUUUUUCGCCAAUAAUUCAAUAAAUAUAUCACUGAUCAUAAAAUUAUAUAAGAAUUUUUGGUAGCUCUUCUUAAUAUCUAUAUAAUUUAUUAGUAUACAAUCUACUGUAAAAUUUGUCUUUCCCAAGAAAAAUGAAAAACACAAAAUAUUUCAUGUAUUUAGCAAAACUGAUUUUUUUUAAGGUUAUUUAUAUGUAUUUGUCAAAUGACUGAAGAUAUGAAACAAUAUUUAAUAUAAAAAUGAUAUAGAAUUUAAUUUUCUAAAAAAAUAUGUUAUUAAUAAAAACUUAAGUAGAACUAUUGAUUUAAUGUUACACUAGGAUUCAUGUUGAUAUAUUAGUGGAUAAUGAAUAUAUUAUCACUUAUUAUCUUACUGAAAAAAAAAAAUGAAUUUGAUGUUUUUUUUUAUUUGAAUUUGAAUUUGUUUACAACAAAAAUGGAUCCUUUAAUUAUUGUUUCGAGCAUCCUGGAUAGGUUUUUUUAUUUUUACAUAACCUAAGGCAAUUAAAGACCAUUAGAAUACAUAGAAAAACAUUAAAUAUUUUUAUUUAGGAAUUAUAAAACAGUUUUUUUUUUUUUUAAAUAACUGGUAUUAUAAAUUGCUUUUGGUGAACUUAUUAUUAUAUUCUUCCGUAAAUUUUGCAUCUCUAAAUAAAUUAUCUAGACAAAAUAAAUUUGUAUUAAAGCUAGAAAAUCUUAGAGACUUGUUGAAUUCUGCUCAGCACACUUCUUUCUGUCUUAGUCACUUUAGAUUUUGAUCUUAAUAAAAAUAUCUUCAAAUAAUGAAUCCUCUUAGCCAUCCAUCUAUCUCACUUAAUGGUACAUACCAGGCUGUCGGAUUCCUGAACUUUGUGAAAUACAAAUCAUUUUUCAAGCGUCAAAUACGGUAAAUGACAUUUUUAAAUAAAAAUGUUUAAUGGUUUUCGAUGUAUUCUAAUCUGCAAUCUCCAAACUUAUUUAAAAGAUUCGAGUUAAAUAUGAAAUUUAGGGAAAUGAAUCCAACUGAAUGGAAGAAUAAUACCUUUUUAUAGGAAAUUAAAUUCUAUAUCAUUUUUAUAUUAAACAUUAAUUCAUAUUUUCAGCCAUUUGACAGAUAUAAUUAAAUAACUUUAAAAAAAUUGGUUAACUAAAUACGUGAACUAUUUUGUAUUUUAAAUUUUGCUUGGGAAAAACAAAUUUUACAGUAAAUUAUAAUGGUGUAAUAGUAAAUUAUAUAGACAUUAAAAAGAGCUACUAAAGUCUUAUAUCAUUUUAUGAUUAGUGAUGAUAUAGUUAUUGAAUUAUUUUGCGAAAAUCCAUAAAACUACGCUAUUUCCUCAUUUUCAACCCUUGGGGCAUGAGAAGGAGGUGAGUUAUCAUGACCAAAUUUCACAUAAAUUACUUUUACACUGUAAUGAACAAAAUAGGGAGGGAUCCAUUAUUAAAAAUAAGGGCCACCAUACAGGCUAUCUUUUUAUCAUUAAAUACUCAUUAAUAAUUUUGGCAGUAGUGGGAUAGCAAUGAGAAAAACUGAUCUCCCACUACUGUUGAUUAACCAGAAAAAAAAAACAAAAAUACUCAUUAUUUAAAAAAAAAAUGUUUUAAAUAACUCAGGUAGUUUAACUUUAAAUGUAUAGAUUUAUAUACACAUUUUAUUAUUUGAUUUUAUGAACACUUGAUUGAUAAAAUAAUAUUUUAGUAGAAUUUUGUUUUUUUAAGUUAAAUAUAUUUCUUAAAUUAACUGUAUAAUUUUAUAAUUUUGUAUGAAUGACAUACAAUAAAAAAAAAAAAGAUACAUUUGUAUUUAUUUAUUUUUUAUAUAUAUUUUUAGGUUUUUUCGGAGUUAUUAUCUGGCAGAUCACAUAAAAACACACUCUGGAUAUAAGCCUCACACGUGUCAUAUAUGUGGGAAAACUACUAGUUCCAAGUCAAAUCAUAACAAACAUGUUCGUACCCACCAUGCAAGAGAAUCAGUGAACACUGAAGGUUAAUAUCAAAUAGGUAUUUUCUUUAGGUUAGGUUUUAAUUUAAAAUUUGUAUUAAGGCUUAUAUUACGAAAACAAUUUUUGUAUGGUGUUUUUUUUUAUUGUUAUUGUCUGGUCAAAAAUAUUUCUUAUUUCAUACAUCUAUUUUUUAUGUUUUUUUUAUUUGUUUUUGUAUUACCAAUUGAUUUGAUUAUUUAUUCUUGAGUUUAUAUGAUAAACUUUGACUUUAUUCUAUACUCUAACAAUUUUAAAUUAAAUUAAGUACCAACUUAAUUCAUGUACCCUAUUAGAUAAUAAUACUGAUUUAAAUGUACAACUGGGUUGAAGCAAUUCUUGUGAACAAAUGUGUGUGUGUGUUCUUCAGUUGUGUACCAUUAUCAAAGCACUGUGUUAAUUUAUUUGCCUAAUGUAUUAGUUUUAAUUUAUUUUUAUUUACCUAUGCAAUAUAUUUAAUUAGUGAAAUAUUAGUUAUUUUUGUUUGUUUGUUUUUGUUUUUUUUUUUUUAUUAUAAAACUGCUAUUAUAUAUUUACCAUUUGUAAUAUUAUUGAUUUUGUAAAUCUUAGAUUCCAUUUAAAACAAAAAAUUAAAAUUAUCUUGUAAAUAAAACUACAUUGAUUUUAAACUCUUACUCUUUGUCAAAAUCUCAAAGUGUACAAUUUGAAUGCAAAGAAUGUUUUUAACCUAUAUUACCUAAAUUUGUUAAAGAAAUAAAAAUAUUAUUUUUGUAGCUUUAGUUUUAAAGUACAUGUUUAAUAAUAUAACUAUGUAUUUAAGUAAAUAUAGUAAAAGUAUUUUAAAUAUGUAUUUUCAGAAUGUAUUUUAGUCUAAUAUUUUGGGCGCAUUGAAAAAUAUUUUACCUAUUUGUGGUUUUAUUUUAUAAUAAUUUAUUACAUUAAUAGUACCUAUUCAUCUAUCAUAUAGAGAUCACAUUUAUUAAUGCAAUUUAAGAAUUUAUUAAGUUUUAUAAUUUAUCAUUUGGUUUAAAAUAAAAACAAAAUGUAUCAAAUUAUAGUUAAGAUUAUUAUUUUUUAAUAAUAAUAAUAAAACAUUACGAUUGUAAAUUAUUAUUUUUAUUAAUGUUAUAAAAUAACAUUUAUUAUGGUGCAAUACAUGUAAUCGUUAAAGAAAACGUAUUAAAUAAAUAAAAUAAGAGAUUAUCUAAUUUUCUGAUGCAAAAUUAACUUAAUAAUUAAGAUUUAUGUGAUAUUUUUAAUCCUUAAUUAAAUAAUAAAUAUUAAUUAUUAGUAAUAAUUAUAGAAUAUAAACAUUUAAAUUUUAAAUAAUACUUAGAUUACCUUUAUAUACAUAUUAUAAUAUAUAGGUACUGUAAAUUUAUAAUUUGUAAAUAAGUAGGGAUAUUUUGUUUUAACAAUCUUAAAAAUCAUUGUCUAAUAAAUUAUUAUGUUCUUUCCGAGCAUUUAUUUAAUUCAAGAGUUAUACACUUGUCAAUCAUUUCCAUUUACAGUACCAAAACCGUACAUGGGAAAGUAGAUAUGGAAGAAAAAGAAUUCAAAAGGAACAUAUUUCCCCGUCAUGGUUAGGAGGAUACUAUUAUAGAUUAACUAAUAAAGUUAAAUGAUAAAUAGAAAAACUAUAUUCUAAU